AUGGCGGUGCGGGAGCUUCAUCCCGUGCUGAAACUAUUCCUGAUUUUAACUUUUACACAAUACAUUUGUGCAGAAGUUUUAACCCCACCCUACUUUAAUUUGGCUCAGGGACGAGAGAUCACUGCAACAGCAACUUGUGGCGAGACACCCUCCGGAGGAGAAAGCAGAGAACUUUAUUGUCGACUUACGGGUGCAACGGGUCAAGAAAGAUCUAGUGGAGAUACAGCAUUGAUUCAAGGACAGUACUGUGAUUAUUGUGACCGGAAUGAACCUGGAAAAGAACACCCUGCAAGUUAUGCCAUUGAUGGGACGGAGCGAUGGUGGCAGAGCCCCCCGCUCUCUCGGGGUAUGGCAUACAACUCCGUCAAUCUCACCGUCAAUUUGGGUCAGGAAUUCCAUGUGGCCUAUGUGUUCAUCAAGAUGGCUAACUCUCCACGUCCAGGAGUCUGGGCUCUGGAACGCUCUGUGGACAAUGGAGAGACCUGGAAGCCUUGGCAAUACUUUGCAGACACAGCCAGCGAUUGUAACAAGUUCUUUGCUGUGGAAGCUGACACUAAAUUGGUCGCUGACGAUUCUGUCAUCUGUGCUACUCAGUUUUCUAAAAUUGUACCUCUUGUUAAUGGAGAGAUUGUCGUGUCUCUUGUGAACAACCGUCCAAAUGCCAUGAAUUUCUCUUAUGCGGAGACACUUCAGGAAUGGACCAAGGCAACCAAUGUAAGGCUACGUCUGAUCCGAACAAAAACACUGCUAGGACAUCUGAUGGCUGUCGCACGUCAGGACCCAACUACAACUCGUAGAUACUACUACAGUAUCAAAGAUAUUUCUAUUGGUGGGCGAUGUGUGUGUAACGGUCACGCUGAGAGUUGUGUUAGGAGUGACUCUGCAAAUCCGAACAAGCUUGUUUGCCAGUGUGAACACAAUACAUGUGGCGACCAGUGUGAUCGCUGUUGUCCCAAUGCCAUACAGAAAAAAUGGCAACCUGGACGUGUAGACAAGGUUUUUCAGUGUGAAGCCUGCCAGUGUUACAGACACAGUGACGAGUGUAUCUAUGAUGAGGAAGUGGAUAAACUGGGACAGAGUAUCGACAUUCAUGGUGACUACAUUGGAGGUGGUGUCUGUCAGAACUGUAGGCAUAACACAAUGGGUGUCAACUGUAACGAAUGUGUGCCAGGUUACUACAAUCCCUAUGGUGUACCACUCGACUCACCAGAGGCCUGUGUCCCUUGUGUGUGUGAAGGUCAGAAAUACACCGGGGAGUGUGAGGCGGGUACAGGGCGAUGUCAGUGUAGUAAGGAAUACACAGGUCUCGACUGUGACAGUUGUAGUUUUGGUUACUAUGGCUACCCAGACUGUAUACCAUGUGACUGCCAUCUGAACGGUACAGAGGGGACAGUGUGUACUGUGGGUGGAGGACAGUGUCCCUGUAAAGAGGAGUAUGUUGGACAGCGUUGCGACAUGUGUGCUUUUGGUUUCUACAAUUUUCCCACUUGUGAACCAUGCAAAUGUGAUUCAACCGGGUCCACCAGUAAUGUGUGUGAUGUGGAAACUGGACAGUGUCAAUGCCAUCCCAACUACUCAGGAUUAGAAUGUAACCAGUGUGCCAAUGGAUACUACAACUACCCAGAGUGUAGAGAGUGUGACUGUGUAGCGGCGGGUACAGAGGAGGCCAUUUGUGACAAGGAGACAGGAGAAUGUCUUUGUAAGGAUAACUACCAGUUUCCUCGCUGUGACCGCUGUGCUCCAGAGUACUAUGGAUUUCCACUGUGUCAAGAAUGUCAGUGUGCAGACCCUGGUUCCUAUAGUAAAGUGUGUCGAGAGGAUGGCCAGUGUGCCUGUAGUACCAACUUUGCUGGAUAUCAGUGUAAUCGAUGUGCAACCGGCUUUUACCGCUAUCCAGAGUGUAGACCUUGUGAAUGCGACUUGUACGGAGCCAUUGGACAGUCCUGCGACCAGCUGUCUGGGCAAUGUGAAUGUGCUCCUACAUUUGAGGGGCUCAUGUGUAGCAAGUGUAAAGAUGGAUUUUACAACUACCCAAACUGUGAAGAGUGUAACUGUAACCCUGCUGGAGCUAAGGAGAUUCCAGGCUUCCCCUUGGGGGGCUGUGGUGUGGUGACACGUGGCUUGUUGUGUGAGUGUAAGGAGAAAGUGAUGGGACGAAUCUGUGACCAGUGUAAACCAGGCUACUACAAUCUCAACAGGAACAACCCACAAGGAUGUCAAGCCUGUGAGUGCUAUGCCCCAGGGACAAUGUCCGGUCUAAGUAACUGUGACCCUGUUGAUGGUCAGUGUAUGUGUAAGACUAAUGCUGGUGGCCGUCGCUGUGACACGUGUCAGCCGGGUUUCUACGGACUCAGCAAUGAAAAUCCAUUUGGAUGUGUUGAGUGUAACUGUGACAUGGGUGGAUCAGUGACUCCAGUCUGUGACAGUAUGACCGGCCAGUGCAGAUGUAAACCAAGAGUUCGCGGUAAACGUUGUGAAAGCCCAGACACCCUUCAUUUCUAUCCAUCCCUCCAACAGCUGAUCUAUGAAAUUGAGGAUGGACACACGCCAGAGGGUUCCAGCAUCAGAUACGGUUUUGAUCAGGAAAUAUUUAGUAACUUUUCCUGGAGAGGAUACGCCAUCCUUACUCAUCUGCAGCCUGAAGUCUUGAUGGAUGUCAAUGUGAUGCGACCGAGUCUGUACCGUAUCAUCUACCGCUUUGAAAAUCUGAACGCCUAUACUGUUAAGGGGGAGGUAACUCUCACUCCACAGUCAGUGGCUGACGUUAAACAGACCAGUGAGGUAUUGUUUGUCCACUCAGAGAUGCCACAGUUUGUGACGGUUGGCUCUACAACUGGAGUGAAGGACUUUGUGCUGAACCCUGGCUACUGGACAAUCUCUAUUAAAUCCCCGGACCUUUUGCUCCUGGAUUACAUGGUGCUAGUACCACAAGCUUACUAUGAGGCUACAGUAUUGCAGCAGACAGUCACACGUCCCUGUACCAUACCAGAUGAUGAAGGCCCGUGUCUGUAUUAUAACUACCCUGACCUGUCACGUUUCCCUGCGGUGUCUGGUGAGAGUGGGUACACUAUUGAUACAGAUGGCAAUGUGGUUCCCACACAAGUAUUCAGUGACAGAGACAUCCUAGAUGAACUUGAUCUCGACGGAAUGGCCAAGUUAGACAAAAACCAGAAUUCACUAAAUCUGAACCUGGCAGUUCCUGAUGCUGGUCAGUACAUCAUAGUGGUCAACUACUUUGCCCUAUCCAACACAACACAGGAAAUAAAUGUCACCAUGAGGACUCCAGAAGGGGACUACCUUGGAACUGUGUCUCUUAGCAACUGUAAAUACAGUGUACUAUGUCGUGAAGUACUGAAGGACCUAAACAGUAUGCCAGCUCUCACCUUCAUCAACGGAACUGCCCAGAUCAUCCUCACUGGUGACGAUGACGUGGAUGUAGCAAUUGGCUCUGUAGUGGCAAUCCCAUAUCCUGAUUGGACUCUCGGAUACAUUCGUCCUAGCAUCAUCUGCAUCCGUAUCAACGGCAUAUGUAUUGGUUCCCAGUGGUCAGUUCCAGCAGACUCUCGUAGGGUUGAGUUUGAGGACCCACCCAAUCAAGACCUGCGUGUUGGACCCAACGAGUUCCCAUCCUGGAUUGUGGGCGAUAAUAUUGGAUUAGUGCAUCUAAAUGAUACAGUAUCAACUAUUGAGGUGGAGACCACAGUUCAGAAUCCUGACCGCUAUGUGUUUGUCGUCCACUUCUACCUACCAAGUGAAGCAGGAAUUGACCUCCCAGUUACCAUUCAUGCUGAUGGUCAAGUAUAUAGUGGUAUGUUCCGACCGAGGUAUUGCCCAGGUGUUUCUGGCUGUCGAGGACUGAUCUUCUUUGACGAACAAGACGGCAGCAACACCAUUGGUGUGAAUGACAACAGGGUCUCCAUUCGUCUCAACAACACCAGCGGCCGUGACAUCUUCUUGGACUACCUGUUGAUGAUUCCGGCUUCUCGCUUCUCCGCUGCUGACUUAGAUGUUCAGCCAGUUGAUGACUCUGCUAACUUCCUGGCAAACUGUGUGGGCCCAGGCUUUCAACUUAUAAGCAACUCCGAGUUUUGUCGUCAGGGGAUCUUCUCCUUGACCACCGAGUUCAACAAUGGUGCUGUACCAUGCAGCUGUGAUAUCGACGGCUCUCUAAGCUUUAGCUGUGUGAACUUUGGCGGUCAGUGCCAGUGUCGUGAUAACGUCAUAGGUCGCAGCUGUACUCAUUGUGCUGAGGGUUACUAUGGUUUCCCUAACUGUAGAGAAUGUAACUGCCCAUACGGAAAGUGCCAUCCCAUCACGGGCGAAUGUGUUUGUCCUCCCCGCGUGGCUGGAACAAUGUGUGACCAGUGUGUGGCCGAGACUUUUGGUUAUGAUCCUCUUGUUGGCUGUACUGACUGUGAAUGUAGCUACUAUGGUGUGCUGAAUAAUGACCUCAACUGUGAGCAAGGAACUGGUCAGUGCAGAAUGACCACCUUUCUAGUGAACACAUCAUUACCUGUACAGAAUGACACAUCAUCCCCUUUGUGUAACUGUCAAACUGUCGGUACUGAACAGACCAUCUGUGAUCAAACCAAUGGCCAGUGUCUUUGUAAGGCCAAUGUUGAUGGGGGCACGUGCGACAGAUGUCAGCCAGGAACAUUUAAUCUUGACCCUCGCAACCCCAAGGGAUGUACCAGAUGUUUCUGUUUCGGCACAACUCAGACCUGUGACAGUACCAUCUUUACCUGGGACAUGCACAAGGACAUGAUGGGAUGGACAGCCACAAACGUCGACCCAAGUGCAGUGCGAGAGGCUGGAGAUAUUGUGGCUAUUCUGAAUGUACAGACCUAUAUCACCAACUCUGACGAAGCCAUUUACUGGAGUGCUCCCCAAUCUUACUUGGGCAACAAGGUGGUGUCCUAUGGUGGUCGUCUGCAGUAUUCCUUUAUCUACAUGCUCGAAGACCCCACAACAGAAGAGGAGACUACCGGACCUGCUGUGAUCCUUACAGGUAGUAACAUGACCAUUAUGCACAUGCUUGAUGCUGCUGAUUACCAAGGAGGUGGUGUUUACGAGGUCACAGUACCAUUGGUGGAGGCCCAAUUUCUGUAUAGUGAUACAAGGACAUUCGUGAAUCGUGACAAUUUCAUGUCAGUCUUAGUGGAUCUCCAGUCCAUACACAUAAGAUCGGCUUACACCACCAACAUUGACCAGCUCAGGCUGAUGAAUGUGACUAUGUUGGUGGCAUCCCCUGAUGGUAGUGAUGGUCAAGCUUUGUCUGUAGAGCAAUGUAAUUGUCCUCCAGGUUACACAGGCACAUCUUGUGAGAGCUGUUCUCAGGGAUACUACCGCACUCAAAAUGCACCAUUCCUUGGUGCAUGUAUACCGUGUAUGUGCAACGGACACACAGAUACAUGCGACCCUGAUACUGGAAUGUGUUUGGGUUGUCUUGACAACACCAUGGGAGACCACUGCGAGACCUGUCUGCCUGGUCACUAUGGUGACCCGUCCCGUGAGGGCUGUACCAUCUGUAGCUGUCCUCUCCCCAUCGCUAGUAACAAUUUUGCGUUUGGAUGUAAUGCUUACAAUGGUGAGAUGGUUUCCUGUGACUGUCAGCCGGGCUAUGCUGGUCUCCUCUGUGAUAGAUGUGCCCCAGGUUACUAUGGCAAUCCCAAUGAGGAGGGCGGUCGUUGUGAAAUGUGUCAAUGUUCCGGAAAUAUUGAUAUGAACAACCGCGGCUCGUGUAGCGAGGUGACUGGUGCAUGUCUUAUGUGUGACAACAACUCAACAGGCGUCGACUGUUCUCAGUGUCGUGAUUGGUGGUAUGGUGAUGCUGUUGAAGCCAAAAAUUGUCAAGCCUGUACCUGUGACCAAUGUGGUUCUCAGCUGUGUGACAACGCUGUAGGACAGUGUAUGUGUAAACCAAAUGUGCAGGGCGAGGACUGCGAUAGCUGUGCACCCAACACAUAUGGAUUUGACAACUGCGAGGGUUGUCGGGACUGUAACUGUGGACUAGCCGCCACCAGCCUUCAGUGUGACCUUGUCAGUGGACAAUGCUCCUGUCAGCCGGGUGUUACAGGCCUGAUGUGUGACGAGUGUAUGGACGGCUUCUUCGACUAUACUGCAACUGGUUGUCAAAAGUGUGACUGUGAGGCAGAUGGUGCUAUGACCUGUAAUCCAUUUACUGGGGUGUGUCAGUGUCUGGAGGGUGUCACUGGUGAAAGGUGUGAUAGAUGCCUUCCACGCUGGAUCCUCGUACCCAAUGAGGGAUGCCGUCCCUGUGACAGUUGUGUGCACAUUUUGCUGGAUGACUUAGAAUUCAUGGAUAGAAAUCUAACCAGCUUGACCGGUAACCUGGCAACAGUCUCUGUUGGAGUGACAGCCAUGAAGCGUCUGCAAGCCAUCAACGAUUCAGUCGCCAUUAAUGGACCUAAGAUCGACAAAAUGAAAGCAGCAGAAGAUGCAUUUUCCCUGACACCACUGAGGCAGGCCGUUACAGAGAUCAUAGAACUGGCAGAUGACACCGUGGCAAUGUCCAAUACACAGAUAGUGUCUGCUGGCCUGGUAAAGGAGGAAGCUGAACAAUUCCUCACCAAAGCCCUUGACCUUGAACAGAACAGUGAAGAUGUCAGUGCUGGAUCUAAUGUGGCUGUACAGGAGGUUGAAGAUGUCCUUGCCACCAUCCUGAGGGGGAUCCAGGUGACCAACAUAGACACAUACAUCAAGCAGUCCAUUGAUCUUUUGGAUGACAUCAUGGCAGUCAACAUAACUGGGGUAAAUGACAGAGCAAACGCUGCUGUUAUUGACAUUUUAGGGUUUGACUUGGACAGAUACAGGGUUGCAUACAAGGAGAGUGAGAAUGAGGCUGAAAGGCUAGCCAAUGCUGUUAACGACCUCGCCGACAGUCUCUACAGCCUUCAGGAAAAUGGUCAGCGCAGUCUCACUAACUCUUCUGACACCAUGGCACUUGUUAAAAAGAUUAGACAGCUGUCUCUUAAUAUCAUUGGACUGCGUCUGAAGGGAAUUGAAGAGUCGAGCAGAGAUACAGAGAUGAUACUGAGAAUGUCGCAAAGCGAAAUUGAUGCAGCUUUGGAGGCCUUACAGACCUGCAAGGCUGAUACGGAGACGGUGAAUGACCAAUCAGCUGCUCUAACUGACAGUAUCAAUCAGCUGAAAGUCAUCGACGACAACUUGAACAGCAGCUUGAGUGAUUUGGAUGAGAAACAAAUGCAGGCACAGGCACACGCAGAAAGCUUGGUUGAUCAGGCUAAAAUGCUGGAAAGUGUGUACACAGACACGCGUGACACUGCUGCCCUAGCACUUCGAGCAGCCAACGCCUACGAGGGUAUUGUCAUGGCAAUCAAUGAUGCUCAAAACGCCUCACAAGCGGCAACAGGGGCAGCGUCCAGUGCACUGGGAAAGUCAUUUGGGGUUGAGGAAGUGGCUGCCUCCAAAAGAGCUAGAAGUGCAGAGUUGCUUGCUGCUGCUGAAAAGAAGCUUGAAGAGACUGACAUGGACUUACAGGAAAGGCUCGAGGAUGCAACCUUCAACACAGACAAGGUGGAAGACACAAACCAGGAGUCAAAAGACCAACUUGACAAUGUCAACUUUCAACUGCCAUCACUGGAAACCGGAAACGUUGGGCAGAGGGCUCAAGAUGCCAUAAUGCAAGCAGAAGAAGCAAGUGGUAUGACGAAGGAUGCCGGUAACAAGGUCAAUGACAUCAUUCGAAAGUUGCCGUCAAACAAAGCCAAGGUCGAGCAACUCAUCAAUGAUUCCACAAAGACCAAGAAAAACACCCAAUACGCUGAUCAGCAGACUCAGGAUGUGAAAGAGAAAGUGCCGCAGAUCAUGGACUUGAUCAAGCUGGUUGGAACACAAUCUAGGAAUGUUCGUAGUCUUCGGGACAGUGUUAUGGGCAACAUCACUGAUCUCCGUGAGAAGAUUAUACUAGCCCGUGAUGAGGCAAACAGGAUCCGAGUUGGAAUGGAGUUCCUAGGAAACACAACAGUUGCCCUUAGAAAUCCACCAGAUGUUGACUUGGCUGGGUCAUACAGUCGCUUUACCACUUACAUUCGUACCCAACAAAGUGAUGCCCUGCUGGCUUACAUCGGUGAAGAAUUCAUCCCUGAACGAUCUGCUGAAGACUUCUUGGCCUUGGAGCUUCGCGAUGGCCGAGUAAUGUUUAAGUAUGACCUGGGGUCAGGACCAGCAGAAAUCAGUCAUCCAUGGAGCGUCAACGACAACAAGUGGUAUAAGGUUGUGGCAGAGCGGAUUGGUAAGACGGGUACACUGACAGUCGAGCGUGAUGUAGGUGUUGGGGUGGAGAGCGUGAAGGCUAGUGGUAAUUCCUCUGGGACCUUUACUGUAUUAGAGCUGAAGCCUGUCACAACAAAGUUCUAUCUUGGAGGUGUGCCUAGUACAUUUAUGCUGCCUAGAUCAGUGAUGGGUUCAAACUACUAUGAGGGCGCAAUGGAGGGUGUGGCCUUUGACAGCCAGCCAAUGGGAAUCUGGAACUUUGUGUAUGGUGAUAAUAAUUACGUUGGUGCUGUAGAGAGGAAUGUACUGGUGGAAGAAAAGUCCAAUGGCUUUAGUUUUAACGGUAAUGGCUAUGCCAUUGUGAGUGCCAAGGAGAUUAAUUUCCGUCCCCAACAGAAGGCUACCAUUAUCCUGCAUUUCAAGACUUAUGCCAGUAAUGGACUUCUCUUCUUUAUUGGGAAGGGACGCGACUUCAGCUCCAUCGAAUUAAAUGAUGGCAAGGUAUUGUUUCAGUAUGAUUUAGGAGGAAUGCCAGCCAAAUUGAUGACAGAACAAACCUAUAAUGACGGAGCCUGGCAUAAGAUUCAAGCAGCCCGCGAUAAACAAACUGGAUUCCUUAGGGUCGAUGAAGAAGAUGGAAUUGAGGGUCGCUCACCCGGAACACUGGCUUCUCUGUCAUACACUGAUGAUAUCUUCAUUGGAGGGUUCAAUGAGCUCGUCAUGCCUGUAAAAUAUGUGAGUGCCCAGGGUUUCCGUGGCUGCAUUAGGGAUGUUCAGUUUGAUAGUACAAUCUGGGAUCUUAUCAACAACAAAGAGGCUAAAGGAGUUGUUCGUGGAUGUCCCGAACAGAUGCUGCGAACAGCAACAUUUGGAGGGGUGCCAGGUUACAUUGCCAUACCGAUGGACAGUGUUGGCGUCAACUUUGAUGUUACUUUCAGGAUGAAGACCACUUCUAACUCCAGUCUGCUUAUGUAUACCUCAAACAAUGCACAGAGCACUGUAUUUUCUGUGUCAACAUCUAUGGGUAAGAUCAUUGUAACGACGGACCCUGGAGGUGAUCUGACACGUUUGGAGAGUGUGGUGAAUACCUACAAUGAUGGCAACUGGCAUUAUAUCUCCAUCAUGAAGAUGGGCAGAAUGCUCAUGUUGAACAUUGAUGAUCAGGAGAUGAUCGAAAACCCUACACAUUCCGUAGAGGAAGAACUUAUCACACAGAGACCUGUUUACUUUGGGGGCACUGACUUCUCCGUACCAGAUACCUCUGUUGGUGCCACUGCUCCCUUCUUCGGCUGUAUAUCUGAUAUAACCAUUAACGGAAAUUUUAAAAACUUUGCCAGUAUACAGAGUCAGAAUAUAAGAGCUGUUUCCCUAGGGGACUGUUCUGAAUCACAACCUACUGGACCAGUGGUGCCACCUGUUGUCAAACCUUCACCAACACCAGGUCCAGUUGAUAGAACCACUCCACCACAAGUCCAACAGUGUGCUUUGUCACCUAAUGUGGACAUCUCGCCUCCACUGGGAGAUGCAGAUGGAAAACUGUUUGGCACAUACGCAGAGAGUCGUGAGGAAUAUGCUGUGGUACCAGCCAGUAUGACUGUCAGAUUCAAAUUAAGCAUAGCAUUCCGAACAACAUCCACAACUGGGGUAUUAUUUUACGCCUCAGAUACACGACAUCGAGACUUUGUCGGAGUGUAUAUGCUAAAUGGCAAAAUAGGAGCGGCUUUUAAUUGUGGAACUGGAAUAGGAAAAAUACUGACAGCCCAGGAUUACAAUGAUGGCCAGUGGCAUACAAUGGUAUUUACAAGAGAUUUAAAACGUGGUGAGUUGGAUAUUGACGGGGAGCCAAGUGGAGAGACCACAUCUAUUGGAUUUACUCGUUCACUGAAUGAGAAGCCACCAUAUUACCUAGGAGGUCUGCCAAUGGAUAUCGGCAAAAAAGCAUCUAAAAAUCUUGAGGGUGCCAUCACAAGUUUCCAGGGCUGUGUUGGGGACUUGACAGUGAAUGAUAAGAGCUUUGGAACUCCUCAGCUCGAGUUCCAGGUACAGCCUUGUACCACUAGUGUGGAACAGGGCUCCUUCUUCUACUCGGAUGGAGGCUAUGUUCAGCUACCACCAGAGAAAUUUGUUGUUGGCUUGGACUUGGAGUUCUCUGUGGAAAUCCGUCCUCGUAACUUGACAGGUGUAAUUUUAGCUGUGCACUCAUCUGGAAGUGACUUCAUGGCACUACAGAUGAAGGAUGGAGAGAUAAUAUUCAGUGCAGACAAUGGCGGCGGAAUCAUUACCACCAAGUACACACCCCCCACCAACAAUCUCCUAUGUAAUGGUGACUGGCACAAGAUCAAUGCUGUUAAAGCAAAGAGUACAUUGCUGAUGACCGUGGAUGGUCAAAGAAUACAACCAGUCAGCGGAAAGGCAGGCAUUUCAUCAGCUGACACUACAGAACCUCUCUAUGUGGGAGGUGUACCCAAUUUGGGACGACGUGGACUGGUUGCCAAUGGAAACUACCUCGGCUGUAUACGUAACUUAGCUAUUGGAGUGGAGCGUACCCCACAGUAUAUCACUGCUGGAACUGUAUUUGGCUCAGUCAAGACGGACACUUGUCCCACAAAUUAAAAAUAAAUCUGAAUUUGAUCGAAUUUUUUUAAGGCUUGUUGCCAUGGUAACCUUUAGAGUGAAAUAGAGUAUUUAUGGCUUUUUGAAAUUAUUUUUCAAAAUUUAUAUGCUUCAAUUAUAAAACAUUUACUGUUAUAUAGCACAUGAAAUAUGCUAGUUGAAGUUGUAGAAUCUGGAGAAGGAAACAUGAAAAUGUUAAAUCAAGUUAUUUAAACAAUACUAUGUUGAUUAGAUUUCUAUUCUGCCAUCCACUUUAAGAUACCCAAAUUCUACUGGUUUAAUCAGACUAUUUUGUUUUUUCAUACAUAUUCAAAAUAAUGGUGUGUGCAUAUUCUUUUGGUAAGCAGUAUAAAAAUUGAAUGUAUUAUUUAAAAUCACAUUAUUCAUAAAAAAUAAAAGUAUGUUUAUUUACUUAGAAAUUAUUUUUCAUUUUUCAAAAAUGUAGGAUGAUAUGUUUCUCUGACAGGGUAACUAGAAGUUGAGGUUAUGGCUUAUAGAUUAUUUUCAGCGUUUGAUUUUUAUGUAUGGAAAGUAUAUAAAGAUAACUCUUUACAGAAAUAAGUGGUUAAGUAUUAAUGUUUUAGUGUAAAUGGAUGGCAGUAUAUAUAGAACAUGAUGUGUGCAAUAUGUUGGAUCUGAAGAAUGAUAGUAAUUGUAUGUGAUUAUGUUACAACCUGUAGAAUACUCUAGUGUCUUUAACUCAACUGACAAUAUAUCAAGACCUGCAUAAAUCAGGGAGAAAAAACUACAAUCAUCUGAUAUUUCUUUAAUUUUGUUUAGUAUUGAAAAGUUGCAAAUUCAAUGUUUAGAUUUAAUGGACUCAAAAUAAUGUUCAACCAUAACCUAGAACAUCAUCUAAAUACAUACAAAUGUGAUAACUAGGUAAUAUAAUUGACUGUAAAAUCUCUUUCCCUGAUGACCCUUUCAUGCACCCUGUUAUUCUUUAUUUUGAAGGCCGUGACCAGAUAUUAUUUGACAAGAAGUUGGUGACUCUGAUUUCAGUGUCAUUAGGCUUGUAAUAGUCUUUUUAUUGAAUAAUGUGUUUAAAGGUUACCAUGACAACUCUCCCGCUGCAAUUUAAAUGAAAAUUGUGUCCUUUUUCCUCACAGAAUAUUUCCUUCUUAUUUUGAAAACAGUUUCAGUCUCAACGGUUUUGUUGAUGCAUUAUACAUUUUUAAAUUUCAUUAAGGAAUUAUGUUUUCGUUUUUAAUGAUUUGUCAUCUUUCAUAUCUAAAUAGGAAUUAUCCUGUGUGGAUGGGCACAUUUUCUCAAAGUUAAAUCUGAGAAAUCUGAUAUGUAAAAGGUGAAGACCCUUAUCUCCCCUGGCCACAGUAGCUCAAUAAUACUGAAGUAAAUCCUGCAGAAAUUGUCCCUGGAUAAAUGUCAAGAUUUGUUUUUACAAUUGAUAUUGUUUUUACCUAUAAGUCCUGUCUUUCAUUUUUAUAAAUAAUGUUUUUAAAGAAAUUUUAUGUCUUGUUAUCAAUCAAAUGAUAGUAGAUGAACAUCUGCAAAUUUUAUUAUAAUUUAGAGUUAAUUGUAGAAUUUCGUAGAUUUUAGAAAAUACUUUACCUCAUCUCAGUAUUUUGUUAAUUACCUGGAGGUUUGUAAUUUUAAAUUUUGUGAUUUCCUUUAUGUUCAUCAGGGUACAUGUAUGUUUUUUAUCUUAUUAAAGAAUCUCGGUUUUAAAAUUUAUGAAUUUUGAUGGAGUUGUUUAUACAUGCCAUAUUUAGAAAUUGAAGUUGGUCUGAAAUCCUAUUAUGAUCAUUUAAAUUUGUCAAAGAUUUUCAUCUGUCAAGAUCUGAAUCAAAAUCGAUCUCUUGUUUUGUAACAAAUUUGAAUUGUCUUCCCUUCACCAUGUCAUUUUUUAAUGAUCACAAUUUGUCAACAAAUUGAGAUACAUGCAUAUCAUUGAUAAAAGCAUAAGUAAUAAUGUAAUUAAAUCUGAUUUAUAUUUACGUUCUUAAAUUUUACUUUCAUAAAAUUAGAUAAAACUUUUCAAAGAACAAAAACAUGAAAUUAUGGGAAUCAAAGAAUCAAAAUUGAAGAAAAAAAUUCGAAACAUCAUUUUAAUAUUUGUCAAAGAGAUGAUUUCUUUCUCUAUGCAUGUUUCUUAAUUUUUUGAUAUAAGUAAUUUUGGCAACUGUCCGUCUGUUUUUGUACAUUUAGUUACCUGCACAUAAAUUGUUUCGGGUAUUUUUCAAGAAUUAUUUUGUGGACUCGUGAUGGAAAUUUUUUUCAGAGGGUUUUUUUUGUUUGUUUGAUGGUUAGAAAUUUUCUUAUUAUCAUUAUUAUUAUUGCUAUGUUUAUGUGUAUUACUUUAAAUUUCAGUAUCAUGGAUUUGGCAUUUUUGAAGAAAUUUUGAUGAAAAACUACACCAAAUUAACUAAAUGUACUGAAAUAAAAAGGAGUUAAUGAAA